CUUACUAAAAAAAUGUUAGAUCCGUGAUAAUAUUUCGGGGUGUGGGGCCCAAUCAGAUUCAACUGAAAACAGGAAUCUGCUGUAGCUUCGGUGCACAGAGAGCUAACGGAGCAGAUCGGUGGUUCAACAGUCUCCGGUCGCCGGCGGUAUCAGUAGUAGCGGCAGCGGCAGCGGCAGCUUUGUCGCUACCGGAAAAUAGAAUCGGCGCCGGAGACACAGGUCGGGUGAAGAUGAAGGGUUUAUUAUUCAAAUCAAAGCCGAAAACUCCGGUUGAACUUGUUCGUCAGACUCGUGAUCUCCUUAUCUAUACACAGCGUAAUUCUGAUAUUCGCGAGAGCAAGCGAGAAGUAAAGAUGAUGGAGUUAAGCAAGACAAUGCGAGACUUAAAGUGUGUUCUUUACGGGAAUGGUCAAUCAGAACCUGUCUCUGAUGCUUGUUCUCAGCUGACUCAAGAAUUCUUUAGAGAAGACACUCUACGGCUGCUGAUUAAUAUUCUUCCAAAACUGAAUUUAGAGGCUCGUAAAGAUGCUACUCAAGUAGUUGCAAAUCUGCAAAGACAACAGGUUCAAUCGCGGUUGAUUGCUUGUCAUUACUUGGAAGCAAACAUUGAUCUGAUGGAUAUAUUAGUAACAGGGUAUGAGAAUACAGAAAUGGCUUUGCAUUAUGGUACGAUGCUAAGGGAAUGCAUUCGACACCAGAGUGUUGCAAGGUAUGUCUUGGAAUCAGAGCACGUGAAGAAGUUUUUUGAUUAUAUUCAGCUGCCAAAUUUUGACAUUGCUGCUGAUGCCGCUGCAACUUUUAAGGAACUCUUGACGAGGCACAAAUCAACAGUAGCUGAGUUUCUUUCGAAGAAUUAUGACUGGUUCUUUGCUGAGUAUAACUCCAAACUGCUAGAGUCCAGUAAUUACAUCACCAGAAGGCAAGCUAUCAAGCUGUUGGGAGACAUCCUGCUCGACCGCUCAAAUGCCGCAGUAAUGACGCGUUACGUUAGUUCAAGAGACAACUUAAGGAUCCUUAUGAAUCUUCUCAGGGAAUCAAGCAAGAGUAUCCAGAUAGAAGCAUUCCAUGUUUUCAAGUUAUUUGCUGCAAACAAGAACAAGCCUUCAGAUAUUAUUAGCAUCCUCGUCGCAAAUAGAAGCAAGCUUCUGCGCCUCUUUGCCGAUUUUAAGACUGAUAAAGAGGAUGAGCAAUUUGAGGCUGACAAAGCACAAGUUGUCAAAGAAAUUGCAGCCCUUGAAACCAAGGAACUCUCUUGAACUCAGUACUAGUUAGUUCCUAAGCUGUCAAGGUUAUGGCUCUGUGUGUGUAUAUGAAUGAUGUUUUUUCUCAACUGAACUUAGCUCUUGAAAUUAUUAAUUAACCUUCACUUUUUGUUUGUGGUUAUUUUGUCAUUUGUUUCCUUCA